UCCCCCACGCCCCGCGCCCUCGCCAUGUGAGCUCCCCUCGGGAACAGCGAAGGAUCUCCCAUGGCGACUCCCCCACUUAGAUCUCCUCCCCAUCCCCCUCCUCGUCCCCCCUCAUUCCCAUCUCUCGAUGUUUGGCAAGAGAAAUCACUGGAUCAUGUAGAAAGAUGGGAUGCGCUUCAUCCAUCCCGAAGCGAUACAAUGCAGGUAGGCGGCGGCGGAGGAAGAAACAGAGCAUACUUAAUGAGGUGGCCGUGUACGUGCCGGCCCUCUGGGUCCCGUUGGCCUCCGAUGUCGUCCGCCCUCUCAGAGGACUUGUAUCGCGGGAUGUCUUAGACCGGCUCUCUGCACUCCGUGGCAGGAUUGUGUCGUUGGCCGAAGAGAAUUAUCUUGCCACUGUGCCUACUGUUUCGGAGCUCCUGCAUGCGCUUGAAGAGUACUUGCCUAUUCUUCUUGGUUUGGCCAAAAAAGAUAACCGUCUCGAAGCAUUGGUAGAAUUCAAAUGGAAAAAUUUAGGAGAUGAUCAAGAAUGUUGUUUUUCCAGUGCUUGGUAUGAAGUACUAUCGGUUGUUCACAUGAUUGCAAUGCUUUCAUUGAUGGAAGCAAACUUGAUGCUGGUUCCAAGAAAUGGUCAAGAUGCAUGUGAAAUGAAAGUAUCUGAAGAUUCCAAGAAAGAUGUCAUUGAUUUGUUGAUCAAGGCAUCAGGAUGCUUGGAUUAUUGUGCUCAUCACAUAAUUGUUCACAUUCCUUCACAGAUUAGGAAGAAUUUACCAAACACCUUUCAAGAGGGCACGCUGGAAGCUGCUUCAAUUCAGGCAUUGGCACAGGGUGUAGAAAUGCAGCUUGGGUUGGCUAUUGAAUCUGAAAAGGCCACCUUAUCUGUAAAGAGGAGGUUGGCAUGUGAGGAGGUCAGCUAUUUUUCACAGGCCCAUUACUGCUUAUCAGGAUGCGACACCAGUGAUGCGUACGGAAAGAAGCUUCUCUUGUUCAUUAAAUGGAAGUACUUAGAGGCAAAGGCUGCGGCAUAUUACUAUCAUGGUCUUGUUCUUGACAAGGGCAGUGAACCGAGCAAUCACAUCAGUGCAGUUUGCUGCCUUUGUGCUGCAGACGAACUCCUCAUUGAUAGCAAGAGGGCUUGCUUAAGUUUUUGCUUGGCUUCUCCGGUAACCAGGGUACCUCCCGCAUGGGGUGUUAUGAAAAAUUUGCAUAAGAAAGUUCCUGAUGUAGCACGCAAGAAGUUUCAGACAUAUUCAUACCUUAUCGAACAAGAUAAGAAUGCGCUACUCCAUUCUUUACCCGACCUUCCAGAGUUCCCGCUGUCACUGAGAUCCGACGCGUACGAGUUGCCACAAAUCGAUGCAUCAUGGGACAGUGAGGAUUGCCAACCUCAGAUUCAAAGCCUCAAGGAGCAUCUCAAAGACGACGAAGAUGAAAUAGAAGCCGAACAAUAAUGCAUAAACCUCGAUACUUCAUUCUAAAUCCAGGCAACUUAAAUAUCUCCUCCUUUUAAGGCAUGUUUUCGGUGUUUUGCUAUUUGCCAGCGAAAGGGAAUGAUAAAUGAACAUUCAACUUUCUCAUAUAGUUAAAGAUUUUUGAGUGGAAAUUCGUAAUGUCGAAGAACUACUUUUGUUUUGAACUCUUCAAUGGAAAGUUUGUGGCAAUUUGUUUAGAUGGAAAUCUCAUAUGGAGAAGGCUUUGUCCAUGCAGA